GAUCUCUCGCUGUCAUUCGGCCACGGUCGGUUCCAGGAGAGAGGGGCAGCUAAGAAACACACACAAGGAUCGGCUGGCUCUGUAGGAAAGACAGCAAGCAAAAAAUAACCCCAAAUCAAACGGACAAUGAAACCGAUCGAAUAAGGCUCAAAAGGGAACCCCGCUCAGCUGCCACAUUAACAAAGCUAUUCGAUGAUCGAGUCCAGAUCAGAGACAGCAGAUAGAGAGCUGUGUCAUUGAGAGGCAGGACACGUCAGGAGAAGGGAGAGAGAGAGAGAAAAAAAAAGCUGACCGACUGCACUGUACGAGUCAGCUAUUAAAUCGCCUCUGAAAAGCUUUGCCUGCCGCACUCAUCGCUUCAAGGACAUCUUCUCGCUGUCAGCCCGAAGCAAAGGAGCUCGACAAAAAGGCAUCUCCGAGGUCGAAGGGGGUGAUCAGAAGUCUGACCAAAGAGAUCGCAGAAUAGCAUUUGUUCUGGGGGGAGAGAACAAAUGGGGGAUUACGGGUUCGGAGUCCUAGUUCAAAACAACACUGGCAACAAGUCUGCUUUCCCGGUCCGAAUCCACCCGCAUUUGCAGCCCCAGCACCACCACCAGAAUGUGUCUCAGAGCCCUGCUGCUUUCAUAAACAGCACUACAGCCACAGGGAAUGGCACUACGGGAGGUUCUCCCUGGCUCUUCCCUACCUCUGCCACCCACAACAGUGUGCAAGACGAAAUCCUCGGGGGCGCAGAGAAGCCCAAAGCACAGCAGCAACAGGAAAUGCAAGAAACUCAAGAAAAACAGCAGCAGUUAUCUCCUGGGGGUCACCAGGAGCCUGGGAGCGGUGGCGGGAUAAUUGCAGAACUGGAAAAAUCCCGAUCAGAGGAAGCCAAGACAGAGAACGGCACGUCAGAGGGCAACAACGGAAAAGAGAAGCAGCUUCGUCUUGAGUCACCUGUCCUGACUGGAUUUGAUUAUCAAGAGACAUCUGGUCUAGGUGGAACAGGCCCUGUACAGUCGAGCACAACCUCGUCAUCCCUUACUGGCUUUAACAACUGGUCAGCUGCCAUCCCACCUGCACCGUCAACAAUCAUCAACGAGGACGUCAGCUUUUUUAACCCAGCCUCUGCUAACAACGGGCCUCUGCUAUUCCAGAACUUCUCACACCACGUCAGUCCGGGGUUUGGGGGAAACUUCUCACCCCAGAUUGGACCGGCUCCGGCCUUGUCCCAGCACCACCCUGCCCCUCCGCCUCACCCCCAUUUCCAGCACCCCCAUAACCAACACCAGCAGCACCGACGCUCCCCAGCCUCCCCCCACCCACCGCCACCCUUCUCGCACAGGAAUCCGGCUUUCAACCAGUUGCCGCAUUUGUCCAACAGCUUGAACAAACCCCCAUCCCCCUGGGGUCCGGCCAGCUAUCAGAGCCCCUCUCCAUCUCCUGGCUCCUCCACCUCUUGGAGUCCUGGAGGAGGCUAUGGAAGUGGAGGCGGCGGCUGGGGAGGAUCUCAGGGCCGAGAUUAUCGUCGUGGGCUUAACGGAGGGAUGACUCCCAUCAAUUCCAUCUCUCCACUGAAGAAGACCUUCCCUAACAACCACGUGGCAUCCCAGAAGUACCCCAGAAAUAGUCCCGCUGGCUUCAACCCAAAGUCGUGGAUGGAUGAUGGAGUAGGUCGUGAUAACAUUUUCCCUUUUCAGGAACGAACCAGAUCGUUUGACAGCUUCAACAUGAACACUCUGGAGAACUCCCUGAUCGACAUCAUGAGAGCUGAGCAAGACACCCUGAAAGGUCGUCUGGGGUUCCCUCACCCUGGGGCGGACAACCCUCUGCCCCUUAACGCCAGGAAUUAUAGCAGGAGACGAGGCCACUCCUCGCUCUUUCCAAUGGAGGACAGUUUCCCUGACGACGAGCGAGCUGACCAGGGUCUCGCGGGCCUUGGCUCCCCACACUGCUUUCCACAUCAGAACGGAGAGCGCGUGGAACGCUACUCCCGCAAGGUCUUUGUUGGCGGACUGCCCCCAGACAUAGACGAAGAUGAGAUAACUGCCAGCUUCAGGCGUUUUGGACACCUGUUUGUGGACUGGCCUCACAAAGCAGAGAGCAAAUCCUAUUUUCCUCCUAAAGGCUACGCCUUCCUGCUGUUCCAGGAUGAAAGCUCGGUGCAGGCCUUGAUCGACGCCUGUAUCGAGGAGGACGGCAAAUUGUACCUCUGUGUUUCCAGCCCUACCAUUAAAGACAAGCCAGUCCAGAUUCGCCCGUGGAACCUGAACGACAGCGACUUUGUAAUGGACGGAUCUCAGCCUCUGGACCCGAGAAAAACUAUCUUUGUGGGAGGAGUUCCCCGUCCGCUCCGUGCAGUGGAACUGGCCAUGAUCAUGGACCGCCUGUACGGUGGAGUUUGCUACGCAGGCAUUGACACGGACCCAGAGCUGAAGUACCCCAAGGGAGCGGGGCGGGUCGCCUUCUCUAAUCAGCAGAGCUACAUUGCUGCUAUCAGUGCUCGCUUUGUACAGCUGCAGCACGGGGAAAUCGAUAAACGGGUGGAAGUGAAGCCAUACGUGCUCGACGACCAGCUGUGCGAUGAGUGCCAGGGGACCCGCUGUGGCGGCAAGUUCGCGCCGUUCUUCUGCGCCAACGUCACCUGCCUGCAGUACUACUGCGAGUACUGCUGGGCGGCCAUCCACUCCCGCGCCGGCCGCGAGUUCCACAAGCCCCUGGUGAAGGAGGGAGGUGACCGGCCGCGCCACAUCUCCUUCCGCUGGAACUGAGCGACGGAGAGGGAGAGGCGACAGAGAAGCAGGGGAAGGAGAGGUAGUGCAGGAGUCGCAAAUCAUUGUACAAAUAAAUGCACUUUUCUGUUGCUGGUUCCUUUUUUGCUCUAAUUUCACCUAACAGCAUUUUGUUCUGGUUUUAUUUAAAGUUAAUAUAUAUCAAUAUUUUGGAGAUAGAAAAGAAAAACUGGAAUUGUAUCCAAAUAUGUCCAUUUAGGGGGAAGAAAAUGUAACAUAAUUUUAUUUUUUUUCUGAUUUUUUGAAAUAUUUUUAUUAGUUCUCAAAAAAAAAGAUAUAUAUAUAAAUAUAGGAAAGUUUUGAUGUGUGAUAUGGUACUCUGCUAUUCAAUUGGCAUAUUUUUCUAAAAAGAAUAUUUCCUUUUGAUACAAGAGGCCCUUAAAAACACCUUUGAUUUGACAUUCAGCUGUCUUAUAUUGUAGCAGAGCUGUUGCCUUUUUCCUUUUGUACAGUCUUCACAGCAAAUGCUGCUGAAAAAGUGCGUCAUUGGCUAUUUAUUUCUGAGAUGUGGGAUUAAGUUUGCUAUUGCUGCAAGAAGCUCCAGAGCAAAUGUGAUUAACAAAGGUGUUGCUGAAGAAGAGUGCACUUAUUUCUUGUUUUAAAGAGUGAAGACACCGUAUAUGAGUAUAUGAGACCCUUUUGUAGUUAACCAAAGCUGAAUUCUAAUUAACUUUGAAGAACAGAAAGGGCCCGCUGCAGGAAGAAAUGGAGUCUUUUCUCUCCCUGUUUGAAAGAAAAAAAAAGAAGAAAAACUCUUUUUAUGAGUUCCAAGACCAUACAGACAUUUUGACGUUACUUGAAAAAAAACCACACAACAAAUUUUAGCAACACAGAUUUGGGUUUUGAUCUCCAUUUUUCACAUGCAAAAACCAAUACCUCAAACUCAGCUGCUAAUGUGCCGAAUACAUUAAGGAGAAGAAGGAAAAAAACAGCAAGUAAGCAAGAAAAGAAAAAACACAUUUCCACUCUCUGGUGUUGAGCUUCCCUUUGAGCGAGAAUCAGAGGGAAGUGAUGCAACAGACAAAGAGUGACAUAACAGGCACAGUUUUCUACUCGCUUGCUUCAUCACCUCCUUAUUUUUGUAAUCAAACCCAGGGUUGUGCUAGGGACGGAGUAAAGUAUCGUACAGUAUACAGUGUAACAUGGGAAUGUAUGGCUAAGGGAGGAUACGGAAGAGGCAGGCGAAGAGAUGAAUGCAGCCCCACUUCCCCUUCCUCAUGCCCGCUUCUGGCCUCUAGAACGAGACUAGCAGCUAACCGAGAGCGCAGCCUCGUUGUUGGAUCAAAACCAGAUUAUUCGGGACAUGAGGUGAAGGUGCAGCGCCUUUCAGAAGUAUUUCAUACCUCUUAAUCUUUUUCUACAUUUUAGUGACAUUACAACCACAAAUUUCAGGUUAUUUUAUCUGAUUUUCACGAGAUACCAACACAAAAUAAUGAAGUGGGAGGAAAAGAAUAGUUUGUGUACAAAUAUAAACUGGAAACUGUGGCAGGCUCCUCCAUCUCAAUCCAGAUGGAGAAUAUCUUUCGACAUCAAUUUUUAAAUCUUGCCACAGAUUCGUAGGCCUAGACUUUGACUGGGCCAUUCUAACACAGAUUUGAUCCAGACCUUUCCAUUAUAGCCCUGGCUGUUUGGUUAGGAAUGGUCCCAUAUGACAAGGUUUUCCUCUUAAUUUCUUCCCAUUAUUUACCUCCAGCCAUCGUCCAGUCUGCUGUGUCCACCCUGCUACCCACAACAUGAUGCUGCCUCUACCAUGUUUUACCUUGUGGAUGAGAUAUUCAGGGUAAUAUGUAGUGUCGGUUUUCCUCCAUCCAAAACUCAGAUGGUAGAUGAAACCAGAGUUUAGUAGCAUUGAAUUUCAUUUAGCGGUAGCAGAUUGAAAAUGGGUGGAAACAUGUUAUUUAUGUACUACUUAGUGAUGGUUUAUUAGACAGCAUUUCCUGGAAAAAAUAAACUGAAAUGUAAAAAAAGUUUAAGGGGCAUGAGUAUGUUUGUGCGGCGCCACCUUUUCAGCACCAAACAGGAAGCGCCUGUCUCCGCUGGUUCCCUUAAAACCCAUUUGUGCAAUUCUCCCAAGUCUUUAAUAACAAAAGUGCUCCUUUUACAUCCAAGAUUGAAAGCGACGCUCAAUGAAGCGUGCAGUUUGCGUUAAUCUGCUUUGCACAUCAUCAGCACGCGUUCGAUUCACGGAGGGGGCGUCCCUCCAUCCUUUUUGCUGCCAAGUGAAUCCAACUCAGCAUCCAGUGUUUUAGAAGCAUAAAUGAAGAUAUUCCCUUGCAGUGUGCUCUACUACUACUACUACUACAACACAAUCGUGACCCACAUGCAGUUUUCAGGCCCAUUCGGUUGCACCCAGUGGCUCAUGGGAACCAAAGAUGGCUGUGCAGUAGUGGGUCAUGCUGUAGCUCAUUUCCUGUCAGGAUUUUUAUGUUUUCUCUCAUUUCUUUAGAGUUACUUUUUAAUUUCUCUUUCUCUCUCUCUCUCUAUAUAUAUAUGCUCAUAAAUGUAUCACUCCGACCCAGUUUUUGUUUCACCGUUAAGCCCUGGUGGACUACAACAAACCAAAGAUUGGCAUUGAACACAAUGCAGGCGCUGCAGAUAUAUUUAACAGUGAUCACCAUCUGUGGAAAACCCAACAGAGCUUGCAGACGCACAGAAAAAGACCCCAGCUCAAAGCGGAGGUGGUUCUGUCAGGCACGUAUUUUUUUUUUUUUGUUUUGUUUUGUUUUUGUUUUUUUUUAAUCUCAAAUACUUCUGCAAGUUUAAAGUGCACAUUCCCACAGCAAAGGUGAAAAUAAUCCUCUCAUUUUCUUUGGUGUUUUCCGUCACUCAGUGGCGAUCUUCUAGCCGAGCAUUUAAACGUCAGGGAGUCAGUACCGAAACUUGAUUUAAUAACACACACUAGUGAGAAUCCUCAUAUUGGCGGGGGGUGUCGCUUUGCACCCCGUGCAUCAGUUUUGCGGGUGAGCAUUUUAGAAGUUAAAAAAAAAAAACACUUUGUGAAGAAUUUGCUGUUUAAAUGAGAUGAAAAAAAAGAUUAUUUUAUACAUGGCCUGCUGAUUUUUUGGUACAGUGUUUUCUAGCUAAAUUAUUUUGUCAUGCACAUACAAACAUUUAUUAUGCACUACUUUUCUAAAUAUUUUUUUUUCCUUUUUUUUGUCUUUUUUUCCAAACAGUCAUUUUAGGCACAUUUUUCACAAAAUGGGGAAACUCCUUUUUGCAAUACCUCAAUUUUUCACAUUGUGAAAGGUAGCUUUUGUACUUUUGUUACUGAGAGAUCUGCAUAUACGGAGAUGUUUCAUUUUUUCAAAAAAAAGGACAAAAAAAAGUUGAGUGCUUUCAAUAUAUAUUAUUUUCAAUUAUGCUUUUUAUACAUUUCCGUGCUGAGGAAUCUUUACAACUUUACGAGUGCGCAGUUUUGUUGAUGCGACUUCAGAUCUGCAGAGGAGAGACCAAAGCGGAAAGCUCUCUUGGUCUUUGUAUUUAAUUUAUUUUUUUUCUUUUUUAUUGGUCAUACACCAGAUGUUCUCCAGUCGAUCUGCUCAAUAAAAAGCAUGGCGGGAACAGAAGAAGAAAAAAAAUCUUUUAAUUUCAAAUUGAUGUAAAUGUCUCCAGACUUGGCUGUACUAGUUGGAGGAAAUGGCAACUUCUGUCUUGGUUUCCUCUCCAUAGAUGGAGCAUAACUUAUAAAGAGGAGAAUGCAAAAUCUGGUUCACGCUUAACGCUGAAUCUUGUACCACAAGAAUGGAUGUUUGGUGUUUUAGAUAUUUUAAUAUUUGAAAAAAAAAAUCUAUAUACAUAUACAUAUAUAUAUAUUCUUGAACUUGCCAACUAGCACCUAUUGUAACCCUUAGCAUGCAUGACGAAAAAAGAGAAAAUGACAAGUACAUGAAUUAGAUAUUAAAAUUAACUGUUGUGGUGUGCACCAAAUGUUUAACUAUUAUGUUAAGGACACCUCAGCUCUCCCCCUCACUCCCCUCGUGUCGAUUUCCCCCCCGCUUCCCCUUAUCCGCAGACCUGCAGGGAUGCACAUGAUGGAGAGAUAAACAUAAAAAAAAACCUUAAUCCGAUAAGGCAGUGCAGGACUUUGAGCAUCCGUGUUUAAAAAAAAAUAUAAAAAUGACAAAAAGAUUUUAAAAAAAGCAAACAAACAAAAAGAAACACUGUUUUGAAAAGACUUGAGAACUUAUCCCCGCCGUGCGUCGCGGUGAGCUUACGUAGACCUAUCUGGAGGAAAGGGGAGCUUAAAGACUUGAAUGUGGUAAAUUGUUGCAAGUUAACUUCAAGUUGUUAUGUGCAAUACUUCUUUUGAACCUUUUUCCAGAGAAAGACUCUUUGCAAUGUAAUUCUUUAAUGCCAUUUUUAAUUGCAGACAUUUAAUUAAAGAAGAUGUUAAUAUGUUUUUCACAGUCAUUUUCUACUGUUAUUGUAAUCCUUUUCAUGCUGGUGUUUGUAAAAAAGAAAAGAAAUCAAACUAUUUGUACUAAUAUAAAUAAUUGAAGUUAUUUUUAAAACAUUAAAGGUUUUUGUGCUCAUUUUGCUUAUUUUUUUGGUUUAUUUUAAGCUACUGUGAUUGAUUGCAUUGUAAUUAUUAGGUCAACGAUGUAUUUAGCUGUUUAUUGGUAUAUUUUUAAUUGGAAUGUAUAAUUGAUUUUUAUAAUUUUGAUCAGAUUUUUGUUAUAUUUUUGAGGUGAAGCUUUUAAUAUGUUAAAGUGUCUAGUUUUUACUAAUUGCUAUAUUGUGCUCCACAAUAUAUGGUUCACAUUUUCUGAAGGAAAAUAAAUAUUUAAAUAUUUGUCUGUUAAUGAUGUUACUUAAUGGCAAGAUUUCAAUAGUUUUUAACUGUGUAUGGGAAGGUUGUUGUAUUUAUUAAUAGCAUUUUUUACUUAAGAUAUCACCUUAAUUUUUAUUGUCAUUUCACUUUAUAAGUUCCUAUUUUUGUAUUUUCCUUUCUAAUUAAGUUAUGUAAUACGGAUAUGUCCAUAUUUCUAGGAGUUGGUCUGUAGAAGUGCUAGUGAAACGAAAAAGAAAAAUCUAAUGUUAUUUAAUUGUUUGCAGCCAACUAUUUAUAACAGUAUGCAUAAUUUUUAAAUAUUUGUAAUGUGAAAUGUUGAAUGAAAUAAAUCUUAACUGUGAUGAAA